CCAUGGCUUCCGCGCAAAAUACGCUACACGAUUGCGUUUUCUGCAAAAUUGCCACUGGAAAUGAUCCGGCAACCGAUAUCGUGUUCCGCAAUGAGCGUAUGUGCAUCUUUAAGGACAUCAGGCCGGCCUCGGACUUUCAUUAUCUGGCCAUACCGAACCAUCAUGUGGUGAAUGUAAACUCACUUACCGCCGCUGAUAAGCCGCUGCUUGAAGAAUUGAAGCGAGAACUUGUUAACUACAUGAGAAGCAAAGACAUUGAUCCGUCAGAAGCAUCGUUCGGGUUCCACAUUCCACCGUUUACGAGCGUGAAGCAUUUGCAUCUGCAUGCGAUUGCGCCCGUUAGCAAGAUGGGUUUUAUUUCGCGGAUGAUUUUUCGUCCCAACACCAUGUGGUUCAAAACGGAUGAGACUAUUAUGCAGAGCAUUUGCAACGAACGCACAACCCAGUGA